AGCAAAUACCCAAGAAAAUUACCGAGCGAAGAAAGCGCAAAGAGAACUCCUAAACCCCAACAAGGACGAUGGCCAUGUCUCCCCUAACCCUCCUCCUCGUCGCCAUAGCUGCCAUCGCUGCGCCCCUCGCCUAUGGGGCCUGCAACGGCGAAGCCUCACUGAAAGGCGUGGCGAACGACGUCCUGUGGGAGUACGGCCUCCCGAAGGGCCUCGUCCCGGACUCCGUCACCUCCUACACUUUCAUCAACGCCACCGGCGACUUCAAGAUCGAGCUCGCCAGCAGCUGCUACGUCUGGUUCGGCGACCACUACACCUACUUCGACAAGAACCUCAGCGGCACCAUGUCCUACGGCGCCAUCUCCAACCUCUCCGGCAUCCAGGCCAAGAAGCUCUUCUUCUGGGUCUCCAUCUCCAGCAUGGUCGCGCGCCCGGAGACGGGGAUGAUCGAGUUCCAUGCCGGCUUCAUCUCGGAGGACGUGCCCAUCUCGCUGUUCGAGAAGGUACCCGUCUGCGGCAACGGCUUCGGCCAGCAGCUCCGCGGCGCGGCCGGGGUGAUCCGUGAGAUGAACGUGCUCCCUGUCGCCGAGGUGUGACUUCAGAUAUCAAGUUGCUUUCCAAAGUCUAGUGCUGGAUAUUACGUGUGGCUGGCCAAUAUAUUUGCACCUUAAUUAAUUUCACAUUGGAAUUAAGAUAUCUUCUUGUUGUAAGCGAGAGAGACACAUGUUAAAGUAAGAUUGUAUUGUAUUGUACUGUAAGAAAGACAUGGUACCGUACGAUUGUAAUGUGUGAAAUUAUAUGUUUAUAAAUUGAAGAAAUAAACAUUUUUAGAGAA